AUGUUAAAACGCCUGUCCUACCCUCUAUCGUGGGUGGAGGGUCUGACCGGUGAGGGUCCAGCCGGGUCGCAGGCGGACUCGCUGCCGACCUCCGCCGACAGUCACAACACCAGCGUCUUCUCUAAAGUCUUCAACAGCUCACCAAUGAACCUGGUGGAGUUCGGUACUGGUUUGUUCCUGAGUAAGACGCCCUCGGAGGAGGGGCCCGCCGACGGACGGAGCUCGCUGGGAGGGUUCGGUCGUUCUCAUCCCAAGCCAGCCAGCGCUCAACAACCGAGACUCGACUACCGCAGCAUGGUGUCGGUGGACGAUAUGCCGGACCUGUUCGCGUCGUUUGAUAAGCUCAUCCCACGCCCCGCUCGACCCAGCGAUGAUCCCCCCCUCUACCUCCGUCUCCGUAUGGGCAAGCCGGCCGGUCGACCUCUACCGCGCUCCACACCGCUGAUGUCCUAUGGAAGGAAGAGGAUGAAGCCUGAAUACUGGUUCGGCAUACCCAGGAACAGGGUCGACGACCUCUUCAAGUUCCUGACCCACUGGGUCCCUGAGAGGUACGGGCCUCUGCGUGACGUCACCGCUCACGGCUACGAGCUUAUAGACAGCGACACGGAGUGGGACGACGAUGACGCCAAGCCCGGACAGAAGGAACGUAUCGGCAGUACUGGAGAUGUAUCGGAUAUAACGAGAGAAUCCUGGGAGCUGCUGAAGGCGCCCUACGUGAAAAUAUAUUCUAUAAUGAAGAGUCAGGCUGAAGCGCUCGGGGACUCUCUAGGCGAAGAGCCGCAGACCGAGGUGCUGUCGAUGAGCGAUGAGCUGCGUCGCGCGCUGUAUUCGGGCGCCUCACUGGACAUGGAGUUCUCGCCGCCGGAUCUCAUCGGGACCUCCGAGAUAUUCACCAUGGAACACCGUGAGAAGUUAUGCAGCGUGCUGCCAGCCCGCGCCCAGGGUUACAUGUGGCAGCUAACAUUCAGCACCAGCCAGCACGGCUUCUCGCUGGCCUCUAUGUACAGGAAGAUGCAACGAGUCGAUAGUCCUGUGUUGCUGGUCAUACAGGACACCGAUAACAACGUGUUCGGUGCGCUGACGUCAUGCGCGUUCCGUCCCUCGGAACAUUUCUACGGGACGGGCGAGUCACUGCUGUUCUCAUUCCAGAGGGAGGAAAGACGUCUCUCACAGACGAAGGACGACCACAAGGACGCUGGCGACGAAAAGGACAAGGAUAAAGAUGAACAAGUCGUGCCAGUAAAAACCAAAUUCAAGUACUGGGGCUGGACCGGAGACAACAUGUACUUCAUCAGAGGAAGUAACGAUAACAUCUCAUUCGGUGCUGGAGAUGGCAAGUUCGGCCUGUGGCUGGACGGCGACCUGUACCUGGGCCGGACCCAGCGCUGCACCACCUACGGCAACGAGCCGCUGACCACGCGCGAGGACUUCGUCGUCAAGAUCAUGGAGUGCUGGACCUUCAUCUGA